UGAACACGUGGCUCAUUCAAAAAGGCAGAAGAACCUAGAUGUUUUUUUUUGUUCCCCGUUCUCUCUGUUAUUAAGAGGCGGUGCUUACAUAAACGUGUGUGACAGUUUAGUCGCAUUGUCAAAGAAAAAUAACUUUUCUCUAUUUUCUUCCAAGCCCUCGCCCAAAGGAGGUGACGGAAUAAAUAAUCGAGAUCGCGUAAAGCGGGAGGAAACGCAAGUGCGCGCAACCACGGCGGCGAUCUCGUCCAUCAAAUAUCUCAAUUGGGGUGAUUGGGAGAACACUCCCAGACCCUCAGCUGAGCGACAGUGCGGCUCUCUCUCCGAACACUGCCCAUCCGAGCGACGCGAUAAAGGGCAGCCCCUCUACAACACGGUCGCUCUUUUCCAUUUACAACAAAAUGAAUAAGCUCUACAUUGGGAACGUGAGCGAGCAGGCGAGCGCGCUGGACUUGGAAAGUAUCUUUGAGCAGUGGAAGAUACCGUUCAGUGCACCCUUUCUCGUAAAAAGUGGCUACGCGUUUGUGGAUUGCCCCGACGAAAAGGUAGCGAUGAGGGCCAUUGACACUCUUUCAGGGAAAGUAGAACUCCACGGAAAAGUCUUAGAAGUGGAGCACUCUGUCCCUAAACGACAAAGGAGCUGCAAGCUGCAGGUCAGAAAUAUUCCACCUCACAUGCAGUGGGAAGUUCUGGAUGGGUUGUUAGCACAGUACGGCACAGUGGAAAGCUGUGAACAAGUCAACACAGACACAGAGACAGCUGUUGUCAACGUGCGAUAUGCCGCCAAGGACCAAGCCAGAGAAGCCUUGGACAAAUUAAACGGCUUCCUAAUGGAGAACUACGCACUAAAGGUUUCAUAUAUCCCAGAUGAGAACGCUGCAGCCGACCCUCCCGCCGUGGGCAACAGAAGAGGCUUCAACCCACGCGGGCCGCCUCGCCAAGGUUCCCCCAAUCUGGGCGCGAGACCCAAACUGCAGUCAGACGUGCCUCUGCGCAUGCUGGUGCCCACGCAGUUUGUGGGAGCUAUUAUUGGCAAAGAAGGUGCCACCAUUCGCAAUAUAACAAAGCAAACUCACUCGAAGAUUGAUAUCCACCGGAAGGAGAACGCCGGAGCGGCAGAAAAGCCCAUCACUGUUCACUCCACACCAGAGGGCUGUAGCUCGGCCUGUCGGAGCAUCAUGGAGAUCAUGCAGAAAGAGGCCAUCGACACUAAAAUGUGCGAGGACACGGAAGCACUCACUGAAGAAAUUCCCCUGAAGAUCUUGGCUCAUAAUAACUUUGUGGGUCGUCUGAUUGGGAAAGAAGGACGCAACUUGAAGAAAAUCGAGCAGGAUACUGACACAAAGAUCACAAUCUCACCCCUGCAGGAUCUGACCCUGUAUAACCCAGAGCGAACCAUUACUGUUAAGGGCACAUUAGAGGCUUGUGCAAAAGCAGAAGAGGAAAUCAUGAAGAAAAUCCGCGAGUCGUACGAGAACGACGUUGCUGCCAUGCAUCUUCAGUCUAACUUGAUUCCUGGGCUAAAUCUGAAUGCGUUGGGUCUUUUCCCUGGUGCGGCGAGCGGCGGGAUGUCGUCACCUGUGUUUCCAGGACCUCCAGCUGCGGCUCAAGCUGGCUAUCAAUCAUUUGGGUGCAGCGUGUUUGGGGGCGAGGUGCCAUUUUGGGCCUCUACACUGUCCUCCAGCAGCAGCCCAGCCGUGUCUCAGGGACAGGUGGAGUCGGAAACGGUGCAUCUCUUUAUUCCUGCUCUGGCAGUUGGUGCUAUUAUCGGCAAGCAAGGCCAGCACAUCAAACAGCUCAGCCGCUUUGCUGGUGCGUCAAUCAAAAUUGCCCCAGCUGAUGAAGCUGACGCCAAGCAAAGAAUGGUCAUUAUUACUGGGCCACCAGAGGCACAGUUCAAGGCUCAGGGACGAAUCUUUGGGAAGUUAAAAGAAGAGAAUUUCUUCGGACCGAAAGAGGAGGUGAAGCUGGAGGCUCACAUAAAAGUGCCAUCGUUCGCUGCUGGCAGAGUCAUUGGCAAAGGUGGCAAAACGGUUAAUGAACUACAAAACUUGACCAGUGCGGAGGUGGUUGUCCCGCGGGAUCAGACGCCUGAUGAAAACGACCAAGUAGUGGUGAAAAUCACAGGCCACUUCUAUGCAAGCCAGCUGGCCCAGCGAAAGAUCCAGGAGAUUAUCUCUCAGGUGAGGCGGCAGCAGCAGCCCAAGGCCUCGGCCACAGGUCCGCCAGUCGCCCGGAGGAAAUAGAGCCACUGUUUUUUCGGAGACUAACUGGAUAUGGGACACGCCCAUCUCAAGGGUCAGGGAAUGUCCUUAUAACCCUGCCAACUUUAACACCCAUUCCUCCUCAAGAUGUAGUGAGAUUGUUACACCCGCACACCCUUUCCCCCCGAAUCAAAACAUGAGAAAUUCAUAGCAAAAUUUGUCCCCCGGCCAAUGGCUGCGCAGUCUUUAAUUGACAGUUUUUCGUUAUUUGAGUUCAUUUGAAACAAUUUUUGGUGUUCAAAAUUUUGUUGGGAAGGAAUGGGUGGAAUGUGGUGGGGUUCGAGGUCUUUGGAUUGAGAUGGGUAAGGAUUAAUGUUUGAAGUAUGGGAUCCUGGUAUCCAGAGUGGCUUUUUAUAAAUUCUGAUGCAUUUUAUAGAUUAAUAGAUUAUAUAUAUACAUAUAUGAACUUAUGAAAGAAGGUGGAACAACACUGCCACUUAUAACUGAGGGAAGUGUUGAUUGGUGUUGGCCAGGAAAUAGUUAAUAUGCAUUUUACUGAUCUACCUCAGGCUAGAGUACCUCAGAAAAAAAGAAAAUGAUUUAUGAAAAAAACGUUCUGUUCUUUUUUAUUUUGCUUUGUGGUAUUUUGUAUACUUUAUAAAGCUAAUAGUUCUUGAACAUUUUUAUUUUUUUAAGAAAAUGUAAAUUUUUGUCUGUAGUUAACUAGCGGACCUUGAACUCCGCUUUCCGCGCACGCAAAAAAUAUAGUUUUACCGUAUACAUUAGCGCGCGAUAGCUAAGAGCGGAGUUCAGGCUGCUUUGCUAGCUACGGAUAAGAAUGAAAUGAAAAGCGCCUCAGUGUCGCUGAAGAGCCACCACCCUCUGAACACCGUCAAAGUAAUGAGAAUUUCAAUGCCAAUCGUACACACCGCAUCAAUGCAGUGUAGACAGACAGACACGCUAAUAACCGUUGGCGGCAGCAUACCUUUCUCUAGCAUUUCAUUACAAUUCAGUUAGGGUUGGAUGCAAGCAAUAGAGGUCGGGGAUGAUCGACUUUCUUUGACACCCAUAAUCCUUAGCGCGACUAAUUGUCUAUCAUAGUAAAAAAUAACGGCCAUCCCGAUUGAGGUUAGUUUUUCUUUUCCCGUGCUCAUCUUAUUUUUUCCUCUCCAAAUUUGUUCUUGGGCCGCGCUCCCACGCCGGCUUGCAUAAAACUGGGCUUUACAUGCAGAAGAUUUUUCAGUGUUUAACGUUGGUCAAUGCAUGUCAGGGGUCGGGGGAUUUACACUGUUUCGAUGCUUUUGCGUUAAUAGCUUUAGGUUACAAUAGUCAAGGGCGCGUCUCUAGGCUAACAAGCAGUAACAUAGAUGGAUGAGCGAACGGUUUCAUUUAUAGUUUUUCGUUUAUCAUUCAAAGUGUAAAAAUACAAAAAAAAUUAUAUUAUAAAAUGAACAUUAGCAAGAAAAAACUAGUAAAAGAAACUGAAAAAAACAAUAUUCCUAUGUUUUCACGCCGAAUGUAAAUAUGAUUUGAUUGUGGUAAAAUUGAGUGCAUCCAAGCUUCCACACUAGUAAGACCGCUGUCUACCUCAGCUGAGGUAAAAGGUGGGUGGCAGCAAUCCUGCAACCUCCCCUUUAAACCUCCAGCGCGCGCAGCAAUACCUCAAGUCCCUCGCGAACGCUUCCACACUGGGUAUGCGCGUUGCGCCUGGCGCUGACCGGAGGGGCACAAGUGAUCAUUUUGUUUUUCUUUCCACACUUCUCUUACACCGUUUUUGAUCUACCUCUUAUUAGAAAAAGUAUUUAAAUUAGAGGCAUAUUGCUAUGUGUUAGAAUCUAUAGGGUCAUGUUUCACCCGCCCCUUUCCUCACAGAAAAGUAUCUUUAAAAAAAAAUCAUGUUUGCGUUAGACUUUGAAGAUGAGUGAAAAAACGAUUUCAUUUUUUGCCUGCAAUUUAUUCUCUGCUAACUGAUUUGAUAAACCUCACAUUAUUGCUUUAUCUUUCUGCUUCUUGGAUUGGUGGUAUGAGUUUGUUGUAUUGGACUUUAUUUCUUGCAUUGGUAUUGUCUUAAGGGUCAACGUAUUUAAUUUCCGAUCUGAUUAAUGGCUAGAAAGAGUUUGUUGUCAAGGGCCUGCUUCAUUUCUUAUGAAAAAAUGAACAAUGAAGUCUUUGUUUUUACACUUCAUGUCUUAUGGAUGCUACAGUUUGUUUGUUUUUUUCUUCUUUUUUUGACUGAUCCAAUUUCAUUUCAUGGCUGUGUAGUGUGGUGAGUCAUGUUUCAGUGGGAAUGUGAUGUGGAAUUCCGGGAAAUGGAGUUGUUCCCAAAAAGUGGUUCGAUUUCAGCAUGAUAAACAACAUCCCCUCCGACCGUGCUUGUGCGCCCUCACACACCUCCACUUGUCAAAUGCCUCCGAUACAAAGAUGAUAAUUAAAAGUCAAGUUGGCUCCCA